AAAAGUUUUCAUUGUGUUAGUGAGUGAGUUGAGUUGUGUUAGAGCAAGCGAGACGCGACAUUUUGAUACGGAACUUUUCCGAGUAUUGAUUGCCAUGCCAGUUAGAAGUACAUAUUUAUUGCCUACGAUAGAAGUAUAACACUUGAUAUAUACUAGUUAACAUGUAUUUUUGCCAGACUGAUUGUACCUGUGUUUAGUUAGAUGCAUACGUAGGCAGUUAUAUUUGUGAUUGAUUUUCAGCGGCGAUGGCGAUACCUGAGCAGUUUUCCCUACGUUGGAACGAUUUCCACUCAAAUUUGUCCCAGUCAUUUCAAGCAUUACUGGAAGGUGAAGAUCUCGUAGAUGUGACGUUGGCGGCUGGUGGUCAAUACGUACAUGCUCACAAACUCAUUCUGUCUGUUUGUAGCCCAUACUUCAAGGAGCUGUUUAAGAUGAACCCCUGUGAACACCCCAUAGUAAUCCUCAAAGAUGUAGCUCAUCAUGAACUAAGGCAGCUUCUGCAGUUCAUGUAUCGUGGUGAAGUACAUGUUCGCCAGCAAGAGUUAUCUGCCUUCUUACACACUGCUGAGUUAUUGCAAAUCAAAGGGCUUACUGGUGGUAGGGAGAAAAGCGAGUCACCUCCACCAGUAGCAGAAGAAGAUUCAUCUAGUACACAACCAUCAGUACCUGAACCAGUAAGUGACAGUUUGCCAGAAUGGGUUCCACCAGGAGAAGAGAUAACUGCUGAAGCUGCUUUGGAGACAGUUGGACCAGUAGUGCCAAAGGAAGAGGCAGCACGAAGUCCAUUGAAGCGACUAUUAAAAAACACAACAAACAAGAACAGCUUUAACAUUAAUAAGAAGAAACCUCGGCCAGUAAAUGACAUCCCCGCACAUGCUGAAAAUACAGAAUAUGCUUCAGAUGGUGAACCCAUGAUCGACUUUGACAAUGACAUUUUUCACAACUUGGUGCUGCCAGAUUCAGGAAAAGAGGCCGGAUGGAACUGCAAAACGGGCGGGGUUAAAUGUCCAUCUUGCCACCGAUUUUUCGCGAAUCGAUACAAUCUAAAAGUACACAUACGAGACAAACACGACACCAGGGAAGGGACAUUACAAUGCGAUAUAUGUCAGAAGCGUAUGAGAAAUCCUUCCUGUCUCCGAGUUCACAUGUAUCACCACCGUAAACAAGCAGCUUAUCUGGCCCAACUGAGUGCUCAAGGAGAUCAAAUGCGACACGUGGUUCAGAAUAUGGUCGAGAACAAAUGGCGUACUGAAGCAAAAGCUGAGUUCAGGGAAACCGAAAAUUUCCCGGCGUCGGCGCCGGCUGGGGAGGCAAACAACCUGCAGCCGGCUCAGCAGGAUGUGAAAUUCGCCCCCGAUGCUAUCCUGCCGAAGACGGAGGCCAACCAUGAGACAGUAUGAUUAGCAACCAACUCUACGAUCGAUUACGAUUUCGUAGACCCGCUAACAUUGGCUAACAUAUUCACUCAACAAUAUGGCUGGAAUUCGCUCAUUUUCGGAUAUGUUGGUGAUUCCAAAUCCAAGAAGUAAAUAUCAUUCGAUUAUUAUAUUUUUCGUUACAUACAAUUUAUUAUGCAUCAUAUCGUAUCGAUUUUCAUGAAUCGAUAUCGUUGUAUUUCCUUCAUAUCAUUUUGUUUUAAAAUUUUCGAUUAAUCGAAUUGUCUGUCAUAUCGAUUUAAAUUUUUAUCAUGUUGAGUUUUUUUAUAUGAUAACGAAUCAAAUGUCAUGUCGAUUUUAUUACGUCGAUAUGUUAAUAUCUGUAAUAACCUUUUAUAAGAAUUUAAUCGUAACUCGACUUUCAUAUUAAUAUUUAUAUAAUCAGCUAUGAGUAGCUAUAUAUAUAUAACAAUAUGCAUAAUCUUAUAACAUAAUAUUAAUCAUUUAGCGUAAGUUUUAUCUAUAUUUAGUCUUAUGUAUUCAUGCUGCGUACCAAUGUGUACUGUUGAGCUGAAUAUUGUAUAUUUUCUACAUUCCACCACAUAAGUUCCAAAGACUGAAACAUAAAAUUGCACAUAGCGAACCUUGCAACGGUUAUAUUGUAAUGAUAUAUUUACAGGGUGUGUUUCGUGACGUAUUUAGUUUUUAGCUCGUCAUAAGGCGCUCAUGGUAUAACAUUUUUUCGAUAAGUGUACCAUUUAUUGAAUAUAUAUUAUAAUAUAUACAUACAUAAAUAUAUACACAUCCUGUAAAGUGUAAUAGUUUAUAAGUUACGGUUUAUUUGCCGCCUCGAUCGAAGUAGUUGUCUCAGUCAGCUACAAUUAAUAGUUUAGCUAGAAUCUCGACACAUCCGUGAUCUGAAAAUAUACGAAUUAGUUUUUUUUUAUUCGAGUUCUUUAAAUCGUAUUUCUUUGUAAACGCUUAUAGCGUACUUGCUUGGGGUUACAAUUUUUUUUUUUUUUAUGUAUAAUUAAACCAGUUCUUAGUCACGGAAAAAAUAAUUUAGCUUUUUUUAUCUGUGUUGUGAUACAUUGUGGGCUGCAAGUACAAGUUUGGUUUAAAUAGGCAGCUUGUUCGGUCAGGACUAGCUAUAUAAAUAAUGUUGCCAUUCCAAUUGAAAUGUACAAAAAUAUUUUUAUAUAAUUUUUUUUUUGUUUAUGUAACACUUGUCACGAUUUACGAGAACAAGAUUUUAAAUAACCUUACAGUACAAAAUACCUUAUUGUGUAUAUUAUUCAUUUAUAAAAUAUAUGCUUUACUUAGUAAUUGUAAGAUUUUAUUUUAGGGUCACAUAUUUUCGAGAGAAGAUAACUUUUUUUUUCUAAAUGGACCAUAAUUAUUUUAGUCUAACAAAGAUGUAUAAUUCUUUUUUUUAUUUUAUUUUAUAAUACAAGGGUUCUAGGUAUAUUUAAGUGGAUUUUUGUAUGUACCUCAUGUUCGAAAUGACUGUUUAGUUUUGUAAUUUUUUCACCAUUAUCUGGUGUUUUACAGAUGUGACGAGAUUUUAAUGACAAUAUUACAAUUAUAAUUAUAAUAUUCCGAUUCAUCGUGUGAUUUAAAUAUGCUCUCGUUGUAGUAGAAAGAUAUGAUUUUUCUAUAAAUUUAUAGGAUGUAGAGAAAUAUCCAGGCGUGUAUUUACCAGCGUUCAAUGAAGCUUUAAUUUUAGCGAUUCGUCCCAACGUUUUUAAAAUCGAAAAUCGGAACUUAUUGUAGUCAUUAGCUCUCUUCGAUUAAUCGAUAUUUUCGAUGCGAAUAUUCGGUUAGUUGACUGAAACGCGUCGUAAUUAGUUGUGUGUUGGUUUACGUUGAUUAGAUUUACUUUUAAAUGAGAACUUGCGUUAUGCCGUCCCUUAUGUAAUCUCGGUUCCAAUUACGAUAAAACUUCAAUUAUAAAGCUCAAUAUCUUAUAAAAUGCCGCCUCUCAUAGUUGUCUAUGAUAUUGUUUUAUAAACCACACUUACGGAGAGCUCAAUGUGAAAUGUUGUGACUGUGUGUGUAGUACCUCUUUUUAGAAUAGGAUUUAUUUGUGUAAUUGUAGUAUAAUAAAAGCGUAAGUAUCUGUUCUACCGCGUUUAUAUUGCAGCGGUUAAUAGGUCUAGUGUUGAUAUAUGAAAAAUUAAAAUUUAUGAAUGUAUCUGACGGCAUAAAUUUAAUUUUGAACAAAAAAAAAAAAUUGAAAUUAUAUUAUCGUGGUUUGGGUAUUUCUAACCAUUAAUAUUAAGGGGUUAUAAAACUAACAUGUCUUUUCCGUCGUAGGAUUUCUAUCUUUACAUUCCAUUAGUCGUAAGUCUGUAUAAUCAACCUUAUGAGGUGUAAGUAUUUUAUAACAUAUUAGUAUGGAUAUUUAUAUAAGUACUCCUAGAGUAAGUCACUUUAAUUCUAUAUUUUUUUAUCGAAGGAGAUUAUUUUUGUUUAUGACCAUUGAAUAAGGAACAUUCCAUACUUUGGUAGCUGUAUUAUUAUUUUAGAGUAUAUAGGAAUAUUUUUUACCAAAUUUUUUAUAUACCAAUGCUCUUAUGUUAUGUGACCAAGGGUGCAGCUAUCAAACCCUCCGUACGAAGUCUUCGCGGGUUACUUUAGAGUCAAUCGCGUCUUUUGUUUAGUUAAUUUUAGGUCUUUUUUUUGUAUCGUUUAUAUGAAUACUCAACAAUACAUAUAUCCAAGUUAGUUUAUCUAAUAUCAAUUAUGUACAAUGUGUCUCGUGUUUAUAAAAUUACUAUUGAAUGUUGCUAUCAAAUUUAACGAGAAAUAACUUUAGGAAUCAAUUAUUUUUUGUAGGUGACACAUUCUUCACACUUACUAGUCAUAACAUCGCUCAAAUUAAAUAAAAAAAAUGCUGAAAUGCACUCGAUGAAUGACGUUCACAAUUUCUUACAAGAUAGGUAAUUUUCUUUUUUUUUUACUUUUCAUAUUUGUUUUUGAUUGAUACAUUUAAAGUACAUACGAAAUAAUGAUAAGUGCUCAAAAUAUUUAUAUCUAUUAAAGUAAUAUUUCCAUGACAAUAUAGCUAUUAUGUAUUAGUGUAUAAGUAAUGAGGUAUAUUCGUAAUUUUCGACGUGGUAAUAUAAAAUAAUUCCACGUUCAAGGAUUGUAGUCCCUCCGGCGCUGAGGCCGAUGACGUUUCUAAUAAUAUAAUAUUAUUAACGUGUUGCGAAUGUGCUUCAUGAUAUGUGUUUUAUUCGUAUAAAGUUAGUUUACAUUUCCGUCAAUUUGUCGUCUCUCGCCAUAUGAUACGUAAUAAGUGUGUAGUUCUAUAUUUAUCAUGUAUUUCUAAUAUUCUCAAAUAGUAUUAAGACUACAUCAAACUGUAUUUACUCCUUUCGUUUUAUCAAUACCAGGGUAACGGUUAAAAAGGGGCUUCUAUCGAAAUUAUAAUACUUAUCGAAACAUUGUUGUAGUAUUAAAAGCGAAUAAUGCCAUUUUGGAAUCUAAUUUUGAAAAGGCAAAACACAUGAGCUCAGUCGAAUCUUUAUGUAUCUAUCCUGAAGACUUAAUGAAAAUAAUUGAAUUUUUAAACAAGUUGCAAUAUUCCAUUAGUUUUUAAUUUUUAUAUAGAUUUAAGAUUUAGAUCAGAAUAAGUAUAAAUUAGUUAAGCAGUACUUAAAAUUUGCAUUUGUUUUUUCGUUCUUGUACUGUAUUAAAACCAUAGAUAACCCAAAACUUACUCAACUUGAUGUGACAAAGGCUCCCGUUCUCUCAGAAUAACCGAGUGAUAUUUAUAAUCUCAAAAUAAUGACUUGAUAAUAUAUUAAUAUCUCUCACAGAUUCCUUAUGGUUUAUAAUUGUAUUAUGAAAUGGAGUAUUGCAUCUUCUUUUCUAAUUGACGAAGAAAUUUUGUAAUUUGCCAGUAUUUGUAAAGAUCUGGGCUUUAACGAGGUGCAGUGAUAAAUUUCGUCCCUUUAAGAGAUGGAAUCUCGUAAUGUUAAAGGCUGCUUCUGUGUCAGAUGUGAUAACGUUGGCGUAUAUUGAUGAAAGAAUGUAGGAAGUUUUUGAGGUUUUAUAAAUUUUAUAGGAUACGAUGAAAAAGUUGACUCGUUGCGGUUUAAAAUUGUCCUGCCAGCAAUUUACGUGUUAGAGCGAGUAUCGAUCAAGUGUCUACUGAUUGCUUAAAUAUAUGAAUAUCAUAAUAUUAAUAUUCAGCUCUGACACUAGAGGGCGUUGGCUUAAGGAAAUGUAUCACGAGGCCAAAGGCCGGGAUAAAGAAGUCUGCAUACGUAAUAUAAAAGACCGACGUCGUUUAACAAUAUCAUUUAAUGAAUUGUGAUUGUAAUGAAAAGGUAAAUUUUGUAGGUUGUGGUAUUUUAAAAAUUUAAAUACACUCAAAGAAAUACCAUCAGGGAGUAUAAAACUCCAAUGUAAUAAAGCUCAAAGCUGAUAAAUCGAAUCGCGAAAAAUAAAAUGCGCCCCUGUGAAGAUGCGCUUCAUUUUUUUUUUCAUUUUUAGUAUGUAUUCUGUGACUGGCCUCAAAAAAGCUGCAUUUAUUCACAUUUCACUUUAUCUAAGUUGUAUUUACAAGCAUUUUAUACAUUAUUUUAUGUACUGUGAACAAAACUUUACAAUAUUUUUUUUUUAUAAAAUUAAUCAACAUAGGCAAUCUAAAAUUUUUCAGAUACGAUAAACUCGAAUUUUCUUUACGAACAAAUGCGAUGCUCUCUACUGUUGUGAUCGUAUAUGUAUAUUUUUUAUUAUUAUAAAAUUAUUGUAUAAAUUUUCUGUGAUGUUUGUCGAUCUGUAAACUGGUAUUAUUUAGUCUGCUAAAUCAAAUAAAAGAACAAUUAAUGAGCGUUGAUGCGUCUCCCCAAUAUUUGUAGUAUAUUAAGAUGAAUAUAGUAUGAAGAUCAUUUUUCGUAUUCUCUUAUAUAUUGUAAAUGUGGUUACUGAUGUCAAAGUAAAUAAAGAUACUUUCGGCGAUUUUAAUUAAUGUUUGAAUAUUAAGACUGGACUUGUGGAUGACCUUAUAAUGAAACAAUUGAACCCAUCGAGAAAAGAGGAAGACUUAAAAAUAUCAGUGUGUAUUGUGCUUUAUAUGCGUACAGGAUCGACACUCACCUCUAUACAUUCCAACGUUUCGAUGUGUCUGUAUAUCUUGUUUUAUCGAAACUUUUAUACUCGUUUAUACUCAUUAUCAAUUUUUAAUAUUUUUUAAUUUAGAUCUAUUCGAAAUAAUAAAUUAUAAUUUUCUAAA